AUGGCACGGAGCCAUGGAGCGCAAGGGUGCGCACCUUCUCGCCCCUCGGCCGACACCAUUAGGUCCUGGCCCUGCUCCGUGCGGGUGCUCAUCGAAGGAGCAGGGCCUCCGAGUACAAGGUCGCCGCCGGACCUAGAUCUGGCAUGGUGGAGGGAGCAGUACGGCGGAGCUAGGGUCUUUGACGAAGAUCGAUCUGGCUUGGCCAUUAGGUCCUCGCCCUGCUCUGUGCGGGUGCUCAUCGAAGGAGCAGGGCGUCCGAGUACAAGGUCGCCGCCGGACCUAGAUCUGGCAUGGUGGAGGGAGAAGCACGGCGGAGCUAGGGUCUCCGACGGAGAUCGAUCUGGCUUGGCGGAGGAUGAAGUGCGGAGGAGCUUGAGGUGCUCACCGGAGGAGGAGAUCGUCGGGGAACGAGGUUGCAAUGAGAAAAAUGAAAUGGGGAUGGGAGAGACGAAAAAUGAAAUAGGGACAGGAGAGCCUCACGCCGGCUUCAACACCCCGCGCCCCUCCUCUGUCCGCUCCGCCGCCGCCGCCGCUCGCACCACCGCGGGUUCCUCGUCGUCGGAGACGACCCCCGUCGCCCCCACCUCCCUCCCCCGCGCUGACGUCUCCUCCUCGGGCGCCAAGGCCGGUGGCACCUCGGCCAUCCGCACCUCCGUGGGCUCCUCGUCAUCCGCGGAUCUCUUCGGGACCUCCACCCGCAGCUCCGUGGGCUCCUCGUCAUCCGCGGAUCUCUUCGGGACCUCCACCCGCAGCUCCGUGGGCUCCUCGCCGUCCACGGAUCUCUCCGCGCCCACCACCCGUGACAUGGCCUCCAUCGCCAAGGAGGUGGGAAAGCGCCUGGACUACGAGGACGACUCCCCCUUCCCCACCGCCGCCUCCCGGCAGCUGCCGCUGCUCGACCUUCCAGACCCCGACAACGCCUCCUCCUGCACCACCGCCGCCUCUGACGCUGACGCGAAUCACGCGAUGAACGCUUCCGCCGACUCCACCGUCACCCAGGUUGCAGCGCCUGCCGACUCCACCGCCGACGCCGAUGGUCCCCUGCUCACGGAGACGGAGGUGGAGGUCGUCCUCGCCGAGCUGAGCGGUGCCCGCGGCCUCAGCCCGCGCUCAAAGCGCCUCCUCCUCGCGCUCGUUGAGGUCGCCGACGCGGAGCUCAAUGCCAACCCGACGGCUGCUGUUCUCCACAUUCGCCGCGCUGCCUUCUGGAGGAAGGUGCGGGUCGGGAUCCUCGCCGCGACGGUCUUUUCCGUCGCCGCGAUCGACGCCGCGCUGGCCCUGGCGCUCUACGAUGCCCGCCGUGGCAACGGCCGGUACCACCACGCGCUGCCCCCUACCUGAUGCGUGCACACGAGCCAGCGAUGGAGCCGGUGGAUUUGCUUCGCUUCCCUACCUGAUAAGUGUUUGCCGCUUCCGAUAUUUACCAGUAGUUAUGAUUAGCCUUGUCCCUAGACACAUCGUGAUGUUUAAUUGCUGGUGUUUUUACAUGCUCAUAUAGAUAGAACGGAAAAGAAGGGCAUUGUUGUGUUACAACGAUGUGGUUAGUAGAAUUACCGUGACUGAGAUCUGCUUCAGUAAGAAUGCGUGGAAAAUCGGUAUUAUGCUUACCAGUGCUAGAUGCAAAUUGUAAGAUCAAAACCUCUGGAGAAAGACCGACUAAGUGCCAUACAUAUUUGGCUCCUUUUUGUGGGCACUGUUAUGGUAUUUCUUGAGCAAGGUUUCAUGGA